GCUCCGGAGAGCAUCAAUGGCGCCACUAGUUCUCGGGCUCAUCUGCCCUCUAUUUGCUUCCUUCCAUGUCUCGCCACCAGCAGUCCAUGUGCUCCGUCUUCCCCACCCUUCCCUCUCCCUGCUUUAAAGAAAAGAAGCCAUCUUUAAUGCCCCUGCGUGGGGAGAGCACGUGCAGCUGGGGCCAAUCAUGGAGGUGACUGCUCUGGCACUGCAUGUGCCCCAAUCACUACCUGCCCACUUCCAUCCCUUCCCCUUGCCUCCAUGGCUCCUCGCUUUAAAGCUCCCCGGAUAUGCCCCGCUCUCUCUCCCUCCGCACCCACCGCCACCUGACACGAUGAGCAACACUUCCUCUCCAGUGACUGCUUCAUCUUGUUCUCGCUCCUGGUCUGUAAGCGAGGAUUCCUUGAGGAGGUACGUGACGUACGCGAGCGAGCGAUGCAUUCAGGAGCUCUUGUCGGCGUCGGAGUCCAGCCGGGCCGGAGGUGGCGAUGGCUGGAAGGUCUUGGCGUUUCAGAACGGCGUGGAGAUAUCGAAGCGGAGCGCGGGCUCUCUCCACGUCUUCAGAAGCCGUUGGCUGCUCCGCUCGGUCUCCCCGCAGCAGUUCAUCGUGGUCGCCACUGCCAUCGAUGCCGCCAAGCAAUGGGAUCCGGACCUGGUGGAGGCCAAACACAUCAAGGACCUCGAUGACAACCUCAGCAUCAUCGGGCUCAGAUUUGGAGACUCCUCGAAGCCGCUCUUCAAGAAGAGAGAGUUCAUCGUCUACGAGCGUCGUGAGACUCUGGAUGAUGGAACCCUAGUGGUCGCGGUGGCUUCUCUGCCGAAGGAGAUCGCGGCAGGACUGCAACCGAAGAACAACAAAGCGAUUCGAGGGCUGCUGCUUCAGUCGGGGUGGGUGGUGGAGAAGCUUGAAGACGACUCUUGCAUGGUGACUUAUGUUGUGCAGUUGGAUCCGGCAGGCUGGUUGCCAAAGUGUUUUGUCAACAGGCUCAACACAAAGCUGGUCAUGAUCAUUGAAAACCUAAAGAAGUUGGCAGAGACUUCCCCAAUGGAGAAAGAAAUGUGAAUGUAAAUUCCUACAGUUUAUAAGAAACACAUGAGCAAAUGUAUUGAUA